AUGAACGAGAAGAAAGAUCUUACUCAGGAGAACACAUCUGGAAGUGCCAAUGAUGAAGUUGAUGGCAACAAUAUAUGUAGUUUCAGAAAGAAAAAAGGAGUCAAAGGUACAACAAAGCAUGUUCCUCUGUUAGAAAAUGAGAAGACGGAGUUGUCUCAUACCUCGAAAAUCCCAGAUCCUCAUCAUCUUCAAGGAAUCACUGGUUGUUCAGAACCACCAUCACAUCAAUCUCUUCAAAACCUGACUAAUUUUCCUCCAGUGCAAAAAGACAGAGGGGAUAGUGGCAGUUCCCAUUUUGUCAGCAGCGUGAAAGAAGACAUGUCGGGGGAAACACAUGAAAUCCCAGAAAAUUCCGGCACUGGGAAAAAAGUAAUAGAAAAAAUGCGUAAGAAGAUAGAUACACCAGAUAAAACAAAGUUGCCUAUGGGUGCACAAGCUGCCAGCAACACAGAAAAAGCUGGGUGUACAGACACAGUGUACAAGGAAGAGGACAGUGAAAAGAUGGACUGUAUACAAGAAGAACAGGGUAGGACAGAUGAAGAUAGCAAGUUUCAUAUGACAAAGACAGGCUUCAUGGAGAGUACUGCAACCACACAAGGAAGAAGUACUGCAGAGUCCUUCACACCUGGCAUUUCUGAACAAAGUCUGGAAGAGCUGAAAAAACUUCUAAGUGAAGGUCCUCUGCCUGACUAUGGGCCCAAUUGCAGUGGCAGGUCAGGUGGCACUUUUUCUCAGCAAAACCUGAAGCCUGGGGAGAAAAUAGCUGACAAACAGGGCAGAUCCUUUGAGAUGUUUAGUCUCCAUUUUGGAAAAGAGAAUCAAAAGUACCAUAGUUUCCACAAGGACGGAGUGGGACAGCAGAGCAAAUCUCUUCUGGUCCUCAGCUCUGCUGGGUCUGAUCAGCAACAGCCAGCAGGCGGUGAGGUGGAUCAACCUAUUCUGAGACAACCAGCAACUUCUACGAGUGCAGAAAGCACUGCUCCGGAGAUUGAGUUCGGCUCUUCUGCAAGCCACACCGCAUCCAGCAGAGAGCCUGAUAUAAACAGCCUCAGAAAUCCAACUCUCCUUCACCUCUUCUCUCAUAUUGAAUUUAUUAAGCAGCAGAUGGCCAGAGACAACAUACAGUUCGUCAGAUUUGAAUCAAUAGACCUCCACGGUGUGUCAAGAUCAAAGAAUGUUCCUUCUCGCUUUUUUCAUGAAAAAGCAAUUCAUGGUGUUGCCAUGCCCAGAAGUUAUCUUGAACUGACCCUGAAUCCUAAGGAUAAUGAAAUAGAUUACAUAAAUGCAACAAAUUUUAAUUGUGACAUAAUCCUCAACCCUGAUUUAUCAACGUUUCGAAUUCUACCCUGGACUGAGCAGACUGCUAGAGUGAUAUGUGAUUCUUUCACUGUACUGGGCAACCCUCUAAUGACCUCACCUAGGCACAUUGCCAAGAAGCAGCUGAGCCAGCUUCAGGACAAUGGCUUUUCUCUACACUCUGCCUUCACUUAUGAAUUUUGUAUUUAUGGCAUUACUGAGGUUGUAAAUUCAAAGACAAUAUCCUUUCCUGCAGCAACGAUACUAAAUAACCAUGACCAGACAUUCAUUCAGGAGCUCAUUGAAGGAAUGUAUUAUACUGGAGCCAACAUUGAAAGCUUUUCUUCUUCCAGUGGGCCUGGACAAAUGGAGAUCACUUUUCAUCCAGCAUUUGGAAUAGAUGCUGCUGACAGUGCCUUCACAUUUAGAACAGGCAUUAAAGAGGUGGCUAAGAAGUAUAACUAUGUAGCUAGCUUUUUCUCAGAAUCAGGAUUCUACAAUUCAGGGGCUCUUUCACACAGCCUGUGGGAUGUGAAUGGCCAAAAGAAUUUGUUUUCUACUGGUUAUGGAGUUGAGGAGCUCACAGAUAUUGGAACAAAUUGGCUAUCUGGUCUCUUGGCACACUCAGCAGCUAUUAGCUGUUUGAUGGCUCCUACCACCAGCUGCCGUAAGCCUUAUUCCAAAUACAGUAAAGAAUCAAAAGAGACUGUAAAUGCAAAAUGGGCAUAUAAUGAUAACAGCUGUGCCUUUAAUGUCAAAUGUCACGUUGGAAAAGGUACUCAUAUAGAGAAUAAAUUAAGUUCUGCUACAGCAAACCCCUACCUCGUGCUCGCUGCUACAGUUGCUGCAGGUCUAGAUGGAAUAAAAAGAGGACUUAGGUAUGAUGAUAUGUCCCAAGAAGAAAACCGUGUUUCUGAUCUGAAACCUUCAUCCAUCCCUUUGAAGCUAGAAGAUGCUCUUGUUGCACUUGAGAAAGAUUCAUGCAUUCAGGAAGCAUUAGGUGAAACUUUUAUCAGAUAUUUUGUUGCCAUGAAACAUUAUGAGUUAGAAACUGAAGAAAUGGAUAUUGAAAGGAAUAAAUGCCUGGGGUAUUUUAUUUAG